AUGCUGGCAGCCACUCUACCACAUGAGUUCGAAGAAAGCGCUGCGGAUGGUGAAUGCUUCGUGCGGUACAAGCAAAAGACUCUCAGCGGUACAAAACCCUCUCGUCGGCCCAAAAAUCUCAGCAGCCCAGGCAUCUCAGCGGACAAGCAAACACUCGGGGGCGCAAGCAUCUCGGUGGCACAAGAAAGCCCUCAGCUAGACAAGCUCCACGGCACCAGCCAAACAGCCUUAGCAGCACACGCAAAACGCUCUCGGAGGCACAAGAAAGCAGUCUCAGUCGGACAAGGCAAACACUCUAGGUGGGACAUGUAUCUCGGCACCAGCAUCUCAACGGCCGCAACGGCCGCAGCAUCAGCAGCAGACUCUCGGCGGCACAGGCAUCUCAACGGCAGUCGUGCAACGGCCCAAGGUGUCGGUCCUCUUGCAACGCCGCCAGGUCCCGGGACUCUUGCAACGCUGUCAGGCAUUCCUGCGGCGACGAUGAGGGGUGGACAACAAGAUGAAGCGCGUGUUGGCCGCGUCCGGAUUUGGAUGGACGUUGCUGUCGCCGACGGCCGAAACGAGAAGGCGGCCCGAGCGACGCUAUUGCGCCCAAAAUAG